GAGAGAGAAGAGAGAGAGAGAGAGAGAGAGAGAGAGAGAGAAGAAGAAAGAGAAAGGUAAAAGAAAGGGAAUGAGAAAAUUCAAUCGGAUCGAAUACAAUUUUGACGUCCGCAAGGACACAACACACACUCUCUGUCUUUCUCUCUCUACAACUUUCUCUCUCUAAGAUACAGCGAGGAACAGGGGUGUACUCAGAGAGAAAACUCAGACUGAGAAAGAAAGAAACCCUAGAAGCCAAAACAGAGAGAAAAAGAAAAAGAAAAUAAUAAUAAUAAAAAGUGACAGACUAGGGAAGGAAAAAAGCUCAAGUGGGUGUUUCAAAGAUUGAAAAUUUCGGAAGCAUAAACGAAAUCAAAAUACUGGGUUUUGAUCAGGUUGUGAUUGGAAAGUCUUUUGUUCGGGUUUCUUGGAAGUUCUUUUUCACAGUGUUGAAGUUUUUCUACUGCAGUCCUUUGGUAACGGGGUUCCAAAUUCAGGGCUUUCUGGUCCCGGUACUAGUCAGCGUGGAGGUAUUGAUACUGGGGCUGAGUCUGAGCCUCUUCUUUCUAGUGUUGGAAAUGGAAUGAAUUUCAAUACUCCGUCAUCAACAUUUGUAGCAUCGAAUAUGGCUAACCCUGGUUCAUCAGGUCAAGGCCAGGGUCAACAAUUCUCUAACUCAUCUGGUAACCAGAUGUUGCCAGAUCAGCAACAGUCUCAACAGCUAGAGCCUCCGAGUUUCCAGCAUAGUCAGCAGCCAAUGCAACAGUUCUCUGCGCCUCUUAACACACAGCAGCAACAACAGCAAUUUCAAGCUAUUCGAGGUGGCAUGGCUGGAGUUGGACCAGUCAAGUUGGAGCCCCAUGUGACUAAUGAUCAGCAUGGCCAAUCGCAUCAACAACAACAGCAGCAACAACAGUUGCAAUCGUUGAGAACUCUUAGUGCAGUAAAGUUGGAACCGCAACAACUUCCGACGAUUAGGGGCUUGGGUCCUGUAAAAUUGGAAUCUCAACAUUCUGAUCAGUCAUUAUUCAUGCAUCAACAACAGCAGCAGCAACAGCAGCAACAGCAGUUCCUCCAUAUGUCUAGGCAGAGUCCUCAUGCUGCUGCUGCUGCUCAGAUGAAUAUUUUGCAGCAGCAAAGGUUGAUGCAGCUACAACAACAACACCAGCAGCAGCAACUCUUGAAAGCAAUGCCUCAGCAGCGAUCUCAGUUACCACAACAGUUUCAACAGCAAAACUUGCCUUUGAGAUCACCUGUAAAAUCAGGAUAUGAACCUGGAAUGUGUGCACGGCGUUUGACAAAUUAUAUGUAUCAGCAACAACACAGACCUGAAGACAACAACAUUGAAUUCUGGAGGAAAUUUGUUGCAGAAUACUUUGCGCCCCAUGCCAAGAAGAAAUGGUGUGUUUCGAUGUAUGGAAGUGGCAGGCAAACAACUGGUGUUUUUCCUCAGGAUGUGUGGCAUUGUGAAAUAUGCAAUCGCAAGCCUGGCCGUGGAUUUGAAGCGACUGUUGAGGUUCUUCCCCGGCUUUUUAAGAUCAAGUAUGAAAGUGGCACUUUAGAGGAACUUCUUUAUGUUGAUAUGCCCCGCGAGUAUCAGAAUUCAUCUGGUCAGAUUGUCCUUGACUAUGCUAAAGCAAUACAAGAAAGUGUUUUUGAGCAACUUCGUGUUGUUCGUGAUGGCCAACUUAGAAUUGUUUUCUCUCAAGACCUUAAGAUAUGCUCUUGGGAAUUUUGUGCAAGACGCCAUGAAGAGCUUAUUCCUAGAAGAUUACUGAUUCCUCAGGUUAGUCAGCUUGGUGCUGCAGCACAAAAAUACCAGGCUGCUACUCAAAAUGCUGCAUCAAAUCUAUCUCUGCCAGAGAUACAAAAUAAUUGUAAUGUGUUUGUUGCAUCAGCUCGACAAUUGGCAAAAACCUUAGAAGUACCAUUGGUGAAUGAUUUAGGUUAUACAAAGAGAUAUGUGCGGUGCCUUCAGAUAUCAGAAGUAGUUAACAGUAUGAAGGAUUUGAUUGAUUACAGCCGAGAAACAGGGACUGGACCUAUGGAGAGCUUGGCAAAGUUUCCUCGGAGAACAAGUGCAACAUCUGGGUUUCACAGUCAAGCACAACAGUCUGAGGAACAGCUGCAGCAGCAGCCACAACAACAGCAACAACAGCAGCAGCAGCAGCAACAACAACAACAACAACAACAACAACAAACAAUGCCUCAGAAUUCAAGCAGUGACCAAAGUUCUGUGCAGGCCACAUCUAUGCAACUUGCCGGUAGCAAUGGCGUGGCUAGUGUAAAUAAUGCUCUCAACACAGCAUCAACAUCUACCUCUGCUAGUACCAUUGUUGGGCUUCUCCAUCAAAAUUCCAUGAAUUCCAGACAGCCAAGUUCUAUGAACAAUGCUAGCAGUCCUUACGGAGGAAGUUCAGUUCAGAUUCCAUCCCCAGGUUCUUCAAGCACAAUACCACAGACACAACCCAACCCUUCCCCCUCCCCUUUCCAGUCACCAACACCCUCCUCUUCUAACAAUCCCCCACAGACAUCUCAUGGUGCCUUAACAGCUCCCAAUCACAUGAGCGCUGCUAAUUCACCGGCAAAUAUUUCCAUGCAACAGCCAGCUCUUUCUGGUGAAGCUGAUCCAAGUGAUUCCCAGAGCUCGGUUCAGAAACUCUUACAUGAAAUGAUGAUGUCAAACCAGCUUAGUGGGUCAGGUGUGGUUGGUGUUGGUUCAAUGGGGAAUGAUGCAAAGAGUGGGAAUGGGAUUUUGCCAAAUAGCAAUAACGCGGGCAUGAAUGGUGGCAACUGCCUGGUAGGGAAUGGGAUGGCCAACACUAAUUCAGGUAUGGGGGGUGGUGCUGGAUUUGGCGGUAUGGGUGGUGGCCUUGGUCAGUCUGCCUUGGUUAACGGGAUUAGAGCAGCAAUGGGAAAUAAUUCUAUAAUGAAUGGAAGGGUGGGAGUACCAUCGAUGGCUCGAGACCAGAAUAUGCAUCAUCAGCAGCAAGAUUUGGGGAGCCAGAUGUUUAGUGGGCUAGGAGCAGCUAAUGGCUUUAGUAAUCUUCAAUUUGAUUGGAAACCUUCCCCUUGAAAAGGCUUGGCUUCUAUUGACCACAUACAUGCAUGACAUUCGGGUUUCUUCCAAGUAUAGCUGCUUGUGCAGCAAUGAGAAAUUGGCUGAAUUGCCUGUUGCCCUGUGGAGAUAGAUUGGCGAGACAAGGAGUGAGUUAAAAAAUGGUAAAAACAGGGCUACGCUCCCACUUUGUACUAAUCUUGUUAUAUUUUUAUAUAUAAGAAAAGGAAAAUCUGGUGGCUGGUUAUGUUGCU